CCCUCUCUCUUUUUCUCUCUCUCCCUCCCUCUCUCCCUCUCCAACCCGUUCCCCUCUCGGACUCCGCGCACCGCUUGUCCCGACGCGAACUCCGUCCCGCGCCCGACGAACGCGUAACUGCGCCGGAAGAAGAAGAAGGAGCCCCAGUUGGAAGGACACAAUAGGAAAAGGAGAACGCUGCCAUCGCACAAGUUUUCCCUUCUUCCUUUUCAUUCUUCUUCUCCCCAGCCCCCAGCCUUUGGCCCCGCGGCGGGGCAGGACAGCAGGGGCAGGCCGGGGGGAGGUAACACGGAGACCGUAUGAUGUGGAUCUGGUACCUUCUGCUUGGUUCGGGGUCCGGCUCGAGAACUGCUGAGAGCCAGCUGCUUCCCGGGAACAACUUCACCACAGAGUGUAACAUCCCGGGAAACUUCAUGUGCGGAGAUGGGAAGUGUGUCCCGGGCGGGUGGCAGUGUGACGGAUUGCCCGACUGCUUUGACAAGAGCGACGAGAAGGGCUGUCCUAAGGUCAAGUCGAAGUGCGCUCCUACGUUCUUCGCCUGCGCCAACGGCGUCCACUGCAUCAUCGGACGCUUCCGCUGCAACGGCUUCAGCGACUGUCCUGACGGGAGUGACGAGGAGAACUGCAGCAACCCACUGGUGUGCUCCGAGUCUCGCUUCAAGUGUCGAAAUGGCCGCUGUGUGGACCGCAGCUUCUUGUGCAACGGCCAGGACAACUGCCAGGACAACAGCGAUGAGGAGCUCUGCCUGACGACAGCAGAAGCCCCUGGCCAGGACUUUGUGACACUGGACUACCGUCUGCGCUACUAUCCCAGCAUCACCUACGCCGUCAUCGGCAGCGCUGUCAUCUUCGUCCUGGUGGUGGCAUUACUGGCCCUGGUGCUCCAUCACCAGAGGAAGCGCAGCGUCCUGCUGCCCAGGGGCGUGAGAGGGGGCUCACAUCACCACCACCACCACCACCAGCCCCUGCUGCUGUCCCGUCUGGUCAUCUUGGACCGCGGCCACGUCCAUCCCGGAGGUCCUGGUCUCUCCCCCGGCUCGCCCACUGCAGCGGGCCAGUACAGCUCAACCACGCAGGCUCUGCAGCUGCUGUCUGGGACCCUGUAUCCCUCCGGACUCUCCAUGGACUCACCUCCGUCAUACUCACAGGCUGUUCUGGAUGUCAGUCGGCCUCCUUGGUUCGACCUCCCUCCUCCUCCGUACCUCCCAGGUCGGGAACUUCCGUCAGCCGACGAGCUGCCUCAGUACGAGGCCUCACAAGACCCGCCGAGCCUCCAUCCGGCGCGUCCCACUGCACAGUCCUCCGCACCCCGGACUGUGGCCUCGGGCACACAACAGCCGAGUUCGAGCCCCAGGGAGGAGCUGGAGCAGCUGUAGCCGCACUCUCUCGCUCUCUCUUGUAAACUGGUAACAGUUGGAACUUUUGGGACCGCAGGACUGAAGCGCCAGGAGGGUCGCCCGAGGCCGGGGACAGUCCUCGACAAAGACCUGCCGAGGAUAUUCAACGGGCACUGGGAGACUCAACCGCGUUCCUAACUUUCUUCCCACACAUCGUCCGGCGUACUGAAGCGCUGGACCAAGACCAGCUUCUCCUGCUGGGACUGAUCCGGUAUGCUGGCUCACCCUGCUGGGGUCAUGGCUGCACUACACCUCAAUUAUUAUAGUCAAUCAUUUCAGCUCACUGCAAGGGACAAUUGCGCUCCCCUUGGAGGAGUGCUGUGAUUACAGUCUGCGCGCCCAAAGUAGAGGGAGUAAACUGCCACUGGUUAACACAUCAUAUAUGAUGAGAGCAGGAAGUGGCAGCACUUAAAAAGGUCAUUGUGUUAUUAUAAAAUCAAGUUCGAGUGGUGUUCUUCUUCCCAGUGGCAGCACUUGAAGACGUCAAUGAAGAUCACCCAGCCUUUUUUUAAUACUCCUCACGCGACUUUACAUUUCACAUAUACAAUGUUUUCCAUAGAAAACUUUAUAAGAGAUCAUUGAUUUAUUGUGUUAAAAUUGUAAAAUACCUGAACACUAUAUAACAAGGCUAUAGGUCAAAAAGUUAGUAUACUGUUGGACAUAGUUGAAAACUGGAACCCCAAUUGGCCAGUUAGCAUAUCCAUGAUGUUAUGAUGUCGUAUUUGCAUUCUGCGUUUAGUGUCUUGUCGGUUUUUAUCGGUCCUUUCAUCUGCUUGGACAUCAGCUGAGUUGGGGCAUUGUACGCAGACUUUGUACAAAGAGCUUGGGAGAGUAAAAGUCAGUUUAAUGUCUGGUUCAACUGAUUCAGACGAAUCACACAAACAGCUCCUGCGGCUGAUGUCUCGAAAAGUUCAGAGACGCAGGGCAUGUGUGUGAAAGCAGCCGAGUAACGGCUCACUCACCCACGGACAUUUGAGAUGACUUGCUGUACUCGGUCGUGCUUCCUCACUCUCGGUGAAGUUGGUACAGUUUUUCAGAUUGAUCCAAAAUGGUACAGUGGUGUUGUGUGCGAUUUAUUAAGAAGUUAACAGAAACACGUGCAGUUGAGAUCUACAGGCGAGGCCCAGUCAGAGAUUCUGUUCCCUCUUUUGUUUUAGUGGAACUUAAAAAUUAGAGAUAUUCCUUAAAGAUCAGCCGAGGAUUUACUGAGGGGUUUUUUUCUUCACAAUAUCAAUUAAAUUCCAGUUAAGAGGUAAAAAGGACCAUUGAGUUUUGAUUGAAUAAUGCUCGACAUAGAUUAUGUGUAUAUAUCUUUACCAAGUUACAUUUCAUAUAUCAUUCCUCUGAGCAAAAGAAACAGCUCUGCUUGGAAAGUUUUAUUACAAUUCCGUCUGAAAAACAGGCCAAUAAUUUUUUUAUGUAAAUACAAAAAGAAAAUUGAUUUAAAAGGAUUUUGUUGAGGCCUUAUUCAACGCCAGCUUGGCCCGUGGUGCCUUUAUACGUGAUGUGUUUUAAGGCGGAAGCAGCCUGAUCUGAGAUUUAACAGGAGGGAUUUGACAUAACAACCAUUGAAGAUGAUCUCAUCUUAGAUCAAAUUGUUCAAAUUCUGUUUCGGGAUCAGCUAAUGUACAUUACGUAGGAUGUUUGGCAUGCAGGAAAAUCAUCCUCAGAAGUAUUAAACAGUGAUUGAUGAAAUCCAUAUCUGAAGGAUCUGUGUUAUACAUUUACUAUUGUCGUUUGACCUUCGUGCAUUUCGAAGUGGUUCUUAUGGCACUGUACAUAGGAGAUUGGAAAUUAAUGAAAUCUAAAAAAGUUUGAAGCUUAAAGCAAGAGUCGAAUGUGUAACAGUAAAAUGUGAUCGUGUUUUGCAUCUUCCUUUUCUUCUGGAGCCAGCAGCGAAAACUGCAGGCAAAAGACAAACAAUCAAACCAAAGAUAAUCAUUAUUGAUCUUUUCUCCCAGGAUAUAUUACCCUCCAAAGGAAUGAUUGUGUCACAAACGUUUGUGCCUUUAUUAUAUCAAAACCUUUAUGAUAUGAAAAUGUGGGCAAAGGCUUAUUGAGAUUCAAACAGAAGUUGUGUUAUUUGCUGUAAAACUGGAAAAUAUUUCUCAGGAGAAAAUUUGAUACCAGUCUGUCUGUGUUUGUUUAUAUCUUAGUUUUGUUUUUAAGUAAUGUUAAAAAAUCAAAUUCCAUUUUUUUCUCUGAUUUGUUCUCAUUAGAUUAGAUAUUUACAUAUUUUGCAAUUUUGCCCAAUGUGAUCUCUUUAUCCCCUGUAUAUCUUAUAUUUAAAGUAAUAUAAAAUAUUGACUCAUGAA